CUGCUCAGCAGGAUUCAACAGCUUGAAGCAAGUGGCAAAGCCAAACAUCUGGUCACGCAACGGUAACCCUACACUUUCACCGGUAACGUCUUGGAACGUCCUCAGCGGCCCCUUCAAUUUGUUUGCUCGACACUUGCUCAUUCAUUUGCUUGCUCAGGCCAACGCUCACGAGUCACCGCAUGUGAUCGAUUCUCCCACAAAUUUGCUCCCUUUCAAGUUUGCUUUGUUCUCAGCCUCAGGACUGCGCGAGGGAGGCUCCACAAGCAGGUUCGAAGGAGGCUUUGACUGUAAGCAGGAAUCUGGCACUUCCAAAUCAGAGUCAAUUUGUUGAGUAGUUAAAUAGGAAAGCAGCGGCAGAAGCCACGUAUGGCGUCUUCUUUAUGUCAUGGGGCCAGCGCCUCAUUGCACAUUCCGGCGCAGGGGCGCAUAGAUACAUCAAAUGCAGGCACAUCUAGUUGCUUUGCAAGCCCCCUCAUCAUGGAAACACGGGCGCACCAAUCUCAAAUGCCGUCAGAAAGGUUGCGAUUGAAAAGUUCGAGGUUGCUGAUCUCAGGCCAGGGGGCUUCGGAGCUUCGGUCGUGUUUGCAGGCUUUGCCAUGGAACCAAGAAGGUACGAGAUUGCAAGGCGCCAGGGCAGAUAUUCGCACGCCUGCGGCUGCAGCAUCCGCUGUCGCUGCUCCUACUAGUAAAUCGACAGUAGACAUUGACUGGGAUAACAUCGGCUUCGGAAUCCGGGAUACGGACUACAUGUAUGUGGCGACAUGCCAACUAGGGACGGAAGAGUGGCGGGGCUCCUUGCGACCAUUCGGAAAUAUGACGAUGAGCCCCUCAGCUGCGGUGCUGAAUUACGGCCAGGGCGUGUUUGAGGGCCUCAAAGCCAGCCGCACCGCCGACGGGCGUAUUCUCCUCUUCCGUCCCGAGGAGAAUGCGGCACGCAUGACCUACGGCGCCGGGCGCAUGAGCAUGCCGGCUCCGCCGAAGGACCUCUUUCUAGACGCCGUCAAGCAGACCGUCCUGGCGAACGAAGCGUGGAUUCCGCCGUACGGAAAGGGAUCCCUUUACAUUCGGCCGCUGCUGAUUGGGACGGGCGCGGUGCUGGGGCUCGCGCCGGCGCCCGAGUUCACGUUCCUCGUGUUUGUGUCGCCAGUGGGGUCGUAUUUCAAGACUGGGCAAAUGUCUCCCUUGGACUUGUACGUAGAAGAGGUCUUCAAGAGGGCGAGCCCGGGGGGCUCGGGGGGCGUGAAGACCAUCAGCAACUAUGCUCCGGUGCUCAUGACGCAGCUCAACGCCAAGAAGCAGGGCUUUGCUGACGUCAUCUACCUGGACGCCGUGGAGAACAAGUACGUGGAGGAGGUGUCGUCCUGCAACAUCUUCGUCGUCAAGGGUAAGACCAUCGUGACCCCCGAGCUGAAAGGCACGAUCCUCCCGGGCAUCACUCGGAAGAGCGUGAUGGAGCUGGCGCGCAGCAAAGGGUUCGACGUCAGCGAGGAGCGCGUCAGCAUCGAGGACCUGUUGGCGGGCGACGAGGUGUUUUGCACGGGGACGGCCGUCGUCAUCUCGGCGGUCGGGAGCGUGACGUACCAAGGGAAAAAGAGGGAAUACCACACGGGCCAGCCAGGCCCGGUCGCCCAGGAUUUGUACAAAACGCUGACGGAUCUGCAAACGGGGCGCAGUCCAGACACGCUGGGCUGGACCAUACAGCUGUCAUAAGGGGUCCGGAAGGAACAGGGGCGAUUGGGGGUUAGCGCUGGGGUUAGCGCAUUGAUAGUCACGAAUGCUAUACGCGGGUGCCUUUGGUAGGAAUGGGUUAAAAACUCGUGCUCCGGGAGUACGAUAUGCAGCCACCCGUAAGAACUCCGAUGAUAACCGUAGUCAAUGAUCAAGUCGGCCAGCAAAGAUUGCGAGCUAGGGUCAUUUGGGGUUACAGUCGUUGGGGGAUCAGUUGUCUCAGGAUCUGCGGUAUAGCAGUUUCGAAAACGAUACCUAGUAAAAGUGCAGGGGCAAUUGCGUGCAACCGCUUCUAGUGAUUGAAAUGCAUUGGAGUCGGACGUGCUAAAGUGAGACAUCUCUGGUGAAUGCGUCCGGUUUUUCCUGAAAAGCUUGGUCAGGCGGCGUUGUAAAAGACUGGGAUCUGAGGUAUCACAAGCUUGAAUUAAGCGCUGAGCUAUCAUAGUAUUGGCACCGUGGCAUGCGUCUGUGCCACUUUGCCAAGUCAAAGCAACCAAGAUUGCGUGAAAGUGGAGUUUCCAUCAUACCCAAUACUUCGGUUCACAUUGAGCCCGGCAACGAUGAUGGG